AUGUCUUCUAUCAAAGAGCUCAGUGAAAGAAUCGCUAGAAACUCAGCUAUUGUUGAGAAAUGGUUGGCUGGCAAGAAUGUCAAAGUAUCUUUCGAUCAAGAUGCGGAGGAUGGAUUUCCUGACACUGAUGGGGAACCUGAGAUUGAAGCAGCACGGAUGGCGGUUAUAGAUGACACGAGUGCGCUUCACGACUUGUUUCUUGGUCCACGAGAGGUUCUGGCUCGGAUUUGGGGUGCUGCCCUUAAUAAUGCAGCUCAACAGGUCAUCUAUCACUUCAACAUUCUCCCUGCAAUUCCACUAGAUGGCGGAGCUACUUAUGCAGAAAUAUCGACAAAGGAUCCUAGCCAGAGUCAAAAGCACGUUAUAACGGGAUAUCCGUGGGCAGAGCUUGGAGAGGCUACUGUUGUCGAUGUUGGUGGCUCAUCCGGGUUCUUGAGUGUGGAACUCGCAAAAAAAUACCCGGAGCUUAAUUUUGUGGUAGAAGACUACAAAAAGAAUGUGGAGCAAGGAGCUGCACAGUUGUCAUCCGAAUUGACCAACCGAGUAAAGUUUCUACAGCAUAACUUCUUUGAUCCCCAGCCGGUAACGGGCGCCGAAGUCUAUGUUUUGCGACAUAUCUGUCACGAUUGGUCGCAUGAGAAUAGUGUCAAAAUCAUUCGUCAAAUUGUACCGGCUAUGAAGCCCGGAAGCAAGAUUCUGCUGGUCGAAAUUGUCGUUUCGCCAUCGAACAGAUCAAUGUCGAGUAUUGCUGAACGAUACCUGCGCUAUAUGCUGAAUGCACAGGAGCGAAGCGAAUCUGAGUGGAGGGAGAUCAUCAACGAGGCAGAUUCCAAUCUUGAGUUGACACGCAUUCUCGUAAGUCUUUCGUCGCAAUUACAUUCCGUAAUCGGAUUUAAAAACAUAAAUAAUAGACAGUAUUGA